AUGUAUAUAAAGGUGGAGUGGCUCAUACAGAACAGCAUAAGGCUUAUAAAUGCUUUGCCUUUUCUUUAUUUCUUGUCAGCCUCUGACAGUUUCAACUUAGAGCCCACUAUUACCUGGCAGAGGAGAUUAUGCAACGAAUCCCGUCUACGGUGGGAUGUGGAGGUCUGUGGAGAAGACUUCAAGCGGGUCAUGGCUUACAUAGACCCGCUGCAGUGGUGUAACCUCACACACUUCAUGAGUGAGUAUCACAUCUUCACCCUCUGCACAGAGACAAAGUCCCACAAUGUCGACUGCUACUGGCCCAACCCGCUGGUAGAGAGCUACAUCAUCCGCAUUCACAAGCACUUUUUUUCCAAUUGCACCAUGGAGGGAGUGAAAUGGGGGGACCCACCGGACGACACGCUCACCAUUCUCAUUCUCAUACCGGUUUUCCUCACUUUGGCCAUGAUUGCUCUGGUGGUCUGGUGCAGCAAAAGGAGUGAUCUCCUGGCAUAGGACAUGAAAAUGAAGGAUACAGAGAGAGAGAGACUGCAACUAAGGCUCAAACCUCUUCAUUAACUUUAUAUUGUAAAUUAUUUUGGUUUGAUGGCCCCAUUGAAAAUACAAUAAACAACCUUCUUCUUUUAUAAGAAAUAACAACAUCAGACAGAGUCUCUCGCAUUGCAUAAAUAAUAAUCUUGAGACUUAGACCUGUUGAAUGACUCAGGGCUUUAAGGUCUAGGACUUAAGUCUCAUUAAGCAGUUUUAUCCUGUGUAAUCAGGGUAAGCUAGUAGGUAUUAGAUCAUAAAUCUUAUUGAGUUAUUGAAGUGUGGACCAAUGGUUCAUUUUUCCUGGUAAUAUUACACUGAGUACAAGUCAAGGAUUGGAAUUCACAACCUAUCUGAAUUAUUUUGUUUUUAUGGAGACUAUACUGUAUCUCUAAUGUGAGAAGAUGAUACUUUGACCUUCAUCUUCACUUUACUUUGACUCACAAUUAAAUGCCGAGAUUUGACUUGACUUGAAAAUAUGUACAUUUUCUCUCUUAUAAAGGGGCUGAAACUUGUCCCUCAAAAAAAAAUUCCUUAAAACUUCUGUACCCGCUUGUAAAGACUAAACAAAAUCAGAUGUAUUAAGUAGAAUUUAUUUUUUAGCCAUUCUGACUGUUAUUUUUCCUUUGUCUUUCUACAAAGCUAAAAGCCACACGGCUUUCAACAUUGGGAUUUUAAAUCAUCUACCCCUUAGAGAUGCCAAGGAUGUGGGUUGUGUAAUUGGUCUUCACUUGCUGGGUUGAUUUUCCCUGGAGGAUAAUUAUGUAAAGCAUUCCUGAAAUCUAUUGGAUACAGACUUUUGACCUGUGAGAUUCCUGCCGGAGCGCUGUCUCACUGCUGAAGGCCAAAGUAUUCACCACUUCAGUGACUGACCUCCACACUGAUGGGAAAUCCAAGUCACAGAGGAAGCUGUAUUUAAAUAUUUUAUCCCCACACUGUAUGGAAGGAAGCCAAAGUUGGAACUUAUACUGUUUCAUGGAAUGUAAUGUUUUGUCUUGCUAAAUGACUGAAUGGAUCUUCACCACUGGAAAGAAUAAACUUUACAAAGACAAGGAAACACUCGGAUUUAUAUGUUUGGAGACUUGAAUUUCCAGUUGGACUGAUCCCCAAAAGUCGGUUUUGUAGCAGUGUAACUUAUAAGAUAUUGCUGUUAAUAUACUAGUCCUCACAAAGAUGAGUUAUCUGUAGAGGUCUAUAUCUGUCUGUGCAGUCUACUGUAUCUUUGUUGGUUUCUCACUGUUACUCCAAAUAGAAGGAAAUGGACACUUUUUGUUUAGCACAAGAACAGGCAAGGGUUAAUUGGACUUCCUGAGCAUUUUUAGAUUCAUGCUUCCUCCAUGACUCAUGCAUCAUCACUUUUCUUCAAAGAGCUCUAUUUACAUGUCUUUGACUGUGGGAUAUUUGGAACAUACAUCUAUAUUAAGAUCAUGCAUUCCCAAAGCUUUCAACAGAGUAAUUUUAUUAUCAUAAAGACAGCAUAAUAUGCAGGGGAUUAAGCUCUACUGUUACGGUUGUCAGCUGGUCAGGGAUCAUGGUGACGCUGAUUGAAUGAAAGCCUCACUUCUGUUAGUCUGCCCCAGGGUAGCUGUGGCUACAAUGUAAAACACCACUAUUAGCUUGUGAAUGUAAGGGUGAGAGGGUGAAUGUAGUAUGAAAAGCUUUGGGAUUCUCCACACUUUAUAAAGCACUAUAUAAAUACAGGUCGGAACUGUUGUUCUUGGAAAGAAGAAUUGCUCCAUCAGCAGUUUUAUAAAUGUUUUUUAGAGCUUCUAAGACAUAGAUAUGGCAUAGAUUUUUGAUUUAAUGUCUAUAAUUUACUUUUUGAUACAUACCCUCCUCCCUGCUAGAAGACAAGCUAUUAUAGCUGUAUUUUACUAGAAUUUGCUCAGAGCUAGCCUACUUUACUAAUAUAAACUACGUUGGAUUUUACACUUACAAACAGCCAUUUGGUUACUAAGAGAUUGAACCUUGAUAUGUGUCCAGCUGAGGUAUGGCUGCGAAUACUGUAGCCUCCUUUUUUAUGACCAAGUUGGUGAUGUUGGGUUUUAAGUUAAUGACAACCAUGCCUUUUGACCGGAAAUUCAACUAUUUAUGUUACCAACAGUUUGAAAAUGUUGACUUUCUCUUCUAAUGAAAUGUAGUAAAGACAAUUUAGUUUUCUUUAUUUGUUUUAGCUUAGAAUCAAUCUGUUUCACAAAUGUUUGGAGACAUUUUUUUAUUUAGAAACUCCUUUAUGUAAAAUGGAUCUGCACAUCUGAUAAAUCAAAAAGCAGAAUGUUAGUUUCUUUGUCAUUAGAUUUUGAUAAGGCAUGAUGACCCAGGUAAGAAUAUUUAGCCACCGAUGAAACAAACAAGCCAAACUUUGAACCUGAUCUUCAAAGAUUCCAAAUAAGGAGUCCUAAAUUACUUGGGGGGAAAGAAAAUGGGUGUGUUGUGUGUGAUCUACAAAGAAUGCAUUGGGUAACUGGUGCAAAACUGGUUUGGACCUUAAUAAGGAAAUACCAUAAUCUACUCUCAGGGUGGGCAGCAGGUUAACUGUAAAAGAAACGUGGAUUUUCUGCCUAUUGAUGAAGGGAAACUUUCUAAAAGUUUUGCACUGUCUGCUUGACUUAUUUCAGACUCCCUGUGUUGAUUUUUCACCUGGUUAGUAAACCAGUACCAGCUUUGCGAAUGCUAUCAAAUUCGAACAUGUUUUAAAGAUCAGACUCUUUGCCUCAUGGGUCCUGUUCACAUUA